CGUUACUGUGUCAAGCCACUUGCUUGUCGGAUUUUGAGCCAGCAUACGCGGCUUUCAUGUCACUAAUCGCGACGGAUUCAUCUGUUUUCACUUGCACUACCAUGGCCGACACGGCGCUGCAGAUGCCUCUGUGCCUGAUGUUUCUUCUUCUUUUGAGAUGAGCUGCCAAUGGUUUCUCCGAGUCAGGCACAAAAUGAAAAUCAAAGGUCGACAAUGCAAAGAUGACGUCGAAACUGCGCUUGCGGAUGCAUUGUGCGACCUCUUCUAGUGACCCAAAUUCGUACUAGUCUGUUUAUGUCUUUUUGUGCUUCACCGUAGGUUCGCUUACCUCAGCAGCAUCUCUUGGCGUCGCAGUCCUCGCGAUUCACUGCAGUGCAUGGUGGGACGGCAACAAGGUCUGGUCGACGAGGCUCUAUUUCGUACAGAUCCCUAACUACUUACUGCCCGGUGCUGCAGUGUUUUCCAGCAUUACUACUGGGCCCUCCGAUUCUCCUUCAAUUCUCCCGCAGUCCGUCUCGUCUUCCAAGGACAGAGCCAGAGACAUAACGCAACCAUGCUCUUCUUCAGUUUCUUCAAAACCCUAACCCAACAAACCGUCACAGUCGAAUUGAAAAACGACAUUUCCAUCCGCGGCACUUUGAAGUCUGUCGACCAGUACCUCAACAUCAAGCUGGACGACAUUGUGGUCCUCGAUGAACUGAAGUACCCCCACCUCAGCUCCGUCAAGAACGUCUUCAUCCGCGGCUCGGUCGUGAGAUACGUCCAUCUGCCUCCCGACAAGGUCGACCGUGGGCUGCUCGAGGACGCUUGUCGGAGGGAAGCUAUGGCGCAGAAAGGGAAGGCGGCUUGAGAUGAACGAACAAACCAAAAAUAAAGGAAGAAUACGUUGCCUCCUUCUCUCGCUGGUUUCCGCGCAGUAUGAUCCCGAUCAAGAACCGGCCCCCCUGGCAGGAUCACAUACUUGCGUGAACGUCCCUCCAACCAUGCAUACAGUCUGAUACCUGCCAUGCCAGAAUACCUGGCGCCGGAAGAGGGCCGCUGUGCCAAGUUCGAUAAGUAUAAAUUCACGGGGCAGAGUCGACUAGCUGUGGGGUGACAAAAGCCAUCCCCAUUCCAUGGAGAUUACAAAAAUGCACGCGACUACUACUACAGUUGCAAUUGAUAGCCAGCCAGCCUCCAGUACACGUGUAUGGGAAAUGACGGAAAAGAAAAGCUUGAAUUGAAGCGGCAUCACCAUUACCGUCCGAUGGUUCAGACGGACGACAAAACCCGGUAGACCAAAUCAAGGCUUAGGAGAGCAGCAACAGCGGGUUCACGUUCACGACCGACAAAACCCCCUUUGAGUUGAGGACAGUUUUGGCAUAGUCCGCGACCGUCCACGCGGCUUCUAUCAUUGGAGUGGAUGGUUACAGCCAUAGAUAAUGCAUGAGAGAUGUGCCUUUGACGCACAAGUUGAACUGUUCGACUUGAGUUGAUUAUGCUCUACACCUUAGGUAUGAUGAUAUGUGAAAACGCUUCGUGUCUUCCUGCUGGACUCCAACACAGCGUUUCGACUUCACUUCGUUCUAUCUAGGUAGCUUCCAAUCCUUCUACACUCCGUA